ACCACCUCUGAUGGUACCGCGACGAGCAUGCACAUUCCUCAAGAAUUUAUAUCUAUAUAUAUGCACACUACCUGGCCGUAACCAAUAACCAUCGAUAUACCAGAGUUAUCUGUUCGUCAUUCUUGAUCUGCUACGUAUUCAAGCUUGUUCUGCAGGUAUAUUCUUGAAGAUGGAUGCUGCUAUUGGGAAGUCCGGUGGAGCCAAAUAUGACUGCUUGCUUUUUGAUUUGGAUGAUACUCUUUAUCCCCUGAGCUCAGGCCUCAACUUGGCAUGUCGCAAGAAUAUUGAAGAGUUCAUGCUGCAGCAAUUGCAAAUAGAAGAAGGUGAGGUACCAGGGAUGUGCCUGGACCUAUACCGGGAAUACGGGACAACCAUGGCCGGUCUAAAGGCUCUUGGUUACGAAUUUGACAACGAUGAGUUUCAUGCCUAUGUCCACGGUAGACUGCCCUAUGACUUAUUGACGCACGAUCUGGUGUUAAGGAACCUUCUGUUAUCAAUGCCCCAGAGAAAAAUAAUCUUUACUAACGCAGACAGGGCGCAUGCAGCUCAAGUUCUCAACAGGUUGGGCUUGGAAGAUUGUUUUGAAGGCAUCAUAUGCUUCGAAACUCUUAACCCUCCUCAUAAUCUUGAUGAUGAAGCAGAAGAAGUACUUAAUUGCAUGAGCAGUACUCCUACUGCAGCAGAUGACCUCCGUACGGUCCUCCCAAAACAGGCACUGGAGGCUAAAGCCACUGACUUGACCGUUACUAGUCUAAUCGGUCCCCCCAAGUCACCAAUCCUUUGCAAACCCUCUGUGAAAGCAACUGAAGCUGCCAUUCGUAUUGCAAAUGUUGAUCCAAAGAAAACAAUUAUUUUCCCCUUCUGUUCUCAGAUUUUCUUUGAUGACAGUGCUCGAAACAUAGCAAGUGGGAAGGCAGCAGGACUUCAUACAGUCAUUGUGGGGAGCUCAGUACUAGUGCCCGGUGCAGAUCAUGCGUUGAGUAGUAUCCACAACAUUAAAGAAGCAUUGCCUGAGAUAUGGGAAGGGGAAGAAGGCCAACAACUCGAACAAUUUAUGCAGUCAAAUACCGUUGAAACAGUAGUCCUAGCAUAGGUCUUCUACCGUGCCACAAUUUCCACCUUGAAAUGCAAAUUUCAGCUAAUCAAGGCUGGCGGUAAUUUGGUGAAAUAAAUGAAAUUAAGGAUCUUUAUGAAUCCAGCUUAUUAUUACACUUGUAAAACGAUAGAGUUCAAAGAAUAAUUUGUGUAACUGACUCCUGGUUCUUGUAUAAAAGAGACUGUUUUGCGCAACAGGACAUAUGGAGCAACUCCAUUCUAGCUUA